AUGGUUAGGAAAUUAUGUGGUCUCCAAAGAGAUGUGGUUCAUUUAUAUCGAUCAUGUAUAAGAGUAGCUCAUACUAAACCUGUUCAGUCUCGUCCACACUUCAUUGAAUUUGCAAGAAGUGAAUUUUCGAAAAAUCGGGAUGUUCCUAGAAAAGAUUUUAAUACAAUUGAAUAUCUUCUUAGAACCGGCAAGAGGAGAUUAGAAACAUACUCAUCCUCUGAAGUUAAAAAUAUAUUUGGUAGAAAACUGUGA